GGGUGUGGCAAUAAAAAAUUGAAACUUUAUAAAAAUAAAAAUCAUAAAAAUUCCAUUUUUCAAGAAGAAUCUGCUCUUCUUGUCCAAAACGAAUUUCUCUCUUCUUCAUCUACGGCAAUCUAAAUACUUCCGACGGGAUUCUCGAGAUAAAAGAUUUUGAUCAGAGAAGCGAGAGAUGGAGAUCGAUAAAGCGAUCGGAGAAAGUGACGAUAAGAGGUUGAAGACCAAGUACAACAACGCCAUCUUCGUCAUUAAAAGAGCUCUUGCUCUUUACUCUAUUGAAGAGGUCGCCUUUAGUUUCAAUGGAGGAAAAGACUCUACUGUACUGUUGCACCUUCUUAGGGCUGGCUAUUUUUUGCAUAAGAAAGAGCAGACUUGUUCUAAUGGAGGUCUAUCAAGUUUUCCAGUCCGGACCAUAUAUUUUGAGAGCCCUUCUGCCUUCACUGAAAUCAAUGCAUUUACAUAUGAUGCAGCUCAAACUUACAAUCUGCAACUUGAUAUCAUUCGCCAGGAUUUCAAAUCCGGGUUGGAGGCAUUAUUAAAGGCUAACCCUAUCAGAGCUAUUUUUCUUGGCGUCCGAAUUGGUGAUCCUACUGCGGUUGGUCAAGAGCAAUUCUCUCCUAGUUCACCUGGAUGGCCGCCCUUUAUGAGGGUGAAUCCUAUAUUGGAUUGGUCGUACAGAGAUGUUUGGGCAUUUCUCCUAACUUGCAAGGUCAAGUAUUGCAGUCUUUAUGACCAGGGAUAUACAUCAAUUGGGAGCAUUCAUGAUACUGUUCCCAAUUCAUUAUUGUCUGUUAACGACAAUAGUAGUAAAGAGAAAUUCAAACCUGCUUAUUUGCUUUCUGAUGGGAGAUUAGAAAGGGCAGGGAGAGUCAAGAAAAUUGCUUCACUCAAAUAUGACGUAGAAACCGAAUCACAGAAACACGAGGUGCUUUUGGCCUCAGUAAUUGCUGUCGGCGAUGAGAUUCUGUCUGGCACUGUUGAGGAUCAAUUAGGACUGUCUUUGUGUAAGAAGUUGACUUCUGUCGGUUGGUCGGUGCAACAAACCACUGUCCUUCGGAAUGAUAUAGAUUCUGUUUCCGAGGAAGUUGACCGCCAAAGGUCUACGAGUGAUAUGGUAUUUAUAUAUGGAGGAGUUGGUCCUUUGCAUUCAGAUGUUACUUUGGCUGGUGUUGCUAAGGCAUUUGGAGUUCGCCUGGCACCUGAUGAAGAAUUUGAGGAAUACCUUAGGCAUCUUAUCAGCGAGCAGUGCACAGGUGACAGGAAUGAGAUGGCUCAGUUACCAGAAGGAAUUACAGAACUACUGCAUCAUGAAAAGCUUUCGGUGCCAUUGAUCAAGUGCCGCAAUGUGAUUGUUCUUGCUGCUACAAACACUGAGGAGCUCGAGAAAGAGUGGGAAUGUCUGACGGAACUUACUAAAUUGGGUGGAGGUUCACUCAUAGAAUAUUCGUCAAGACGCUUAAUGACAUCUUUAACAGAUGUUGAAGUUGCAGAACCUCUCUCCAAACUUGGUCUCGAAUUCCCUGACAUAUAUCUUGGGUGUUACCGGAAAUCUAGACAAGGUCCUAUCAUCAUCUGCUUAACGGGAAAGGAUAAUGCACGGAUUGACUCAGCUGCACAGGCACUAUGCAAGAAAUUCAAGAAAGAUGUGUUCGUAGAAAUCAAGUAGACACAAGUUUAAGAACCGGUUGAGCAAGAGACGCAGCUUCAACGGUCCACUAGUGAGAGUGGCUUCUAUGUACCGGUCAAAGAACUGGAGAGGAUAGGAUCAGAAUCUGACACUUUUUAAGGAAACUGGAAGCAGUUAUUGUGGCAAAAAAACAUAUUUAUCAAAACCUUUAAAAUUGAAUGUCUUAUCAGUUAUCAACUCUAAAUAACGAAAUUUGUAGGAAAGUAACCCAUAAGGGUUCUCUGUUUUUACACAUUUUGUCUUGAACGGUUUAAGCAUGAUACUUAUGUUGCAUUCUAAGGGACUUGAAACCUUAUAAAUGUAUUCUUUUACCUUAAA